AGAUCGAUUGGCACCACAAUUUCACAAACAGUUGCUCUUCACUUGGCAUCCGGUAACAUAUCGAUCGUCACAGUCAGAGCUGAGAGAGCGAGAAGGAGAGAGAUGGCAGGAGGCCACCACGGAGAGGGCGUCACGUAUAAGGGCGUAACGUUGCAUAAGCCAAAGCGUUGGCAUACGGUCACCGGCAAGGGCAUGUGCGCUGUCAUGUGGUUUUGGAUCCUCUACAGGGCCAAGCAAGAUGGUCCUGUAGUACUGGGUUGGAGGCACCCUUGGGAGGGCCAUGGGCAUGACCACUAGGUACCCAUUAAAAGAAUGAAGUGAACAGCAUAUAUGGUUAUUUUCGUGGGUUGCUGGUACGGAUUGUAUGUGGAAUGUGUUUGUUAGUUUCUCCCAUUCAAUAAAACGACUAAGAUAUGUUAACAGCUGUGUUGGUCAGACUGAUAACUCCAAUUGCAUUAUCUUAAGUUUGUAAUCAUGGAUGCAUGUUUGUUUUUUAAAGCUUUUGAAGAUGUGCACUUCUAUCGAGAUUGGAAAAUCAUUUUGCACUUGCGUACA